CUCUUAUCAUAUGCUAGUUUAUCUCAUAAGUCUUAAGUAUGGUUGAUAGAAAGUGACAGGUUGAGUCUGAGACAAUGACAAAUGUAGUCUUAUAUCCUGAAGGUAAACAACCCUGUUUUGAGAAAAGUGGAAGUGUAAGAUAAUCUGAGUUUAAAAGUGGAGUCAGUGGAAGAAAACCUCACACCACUGUCAGUUAAGAUAAGGCACCAGUUUUGAGAAAUGUGGAAGAGUGAUAUAAGCAAGGUAUAAAAGUGGAGUCAGUCGAAGAAAACGUCACACCACUGUCAGAACUCAAAGGGAACCAUGACUACCAUGAACAUAGCUUUAACAUUGUGCCUGGUCUGCUGCAUUGCAGUAGGUUUUGCAAAGGACAUUCCUAGCUCAAAAGUUGUUAAAUACACAGAUGAAGAGGCUAAGAAAAACCUUGAAGCUAUUGAAUACUUUGUCAACAAGACACCAAUGAGCCCGUACACAAAGUACAUUGUCACUUCGGGAUUAAAAAGAAUGAAGCGGGCUGGUGGUACACAAGGAGAUAACACUCACUGGUGCUGCAAGGAGGACCCUGUUUACAAUAAAGAGUAUCACACGAGAGCUGAGAGAAAAGUAGUUCAAGUGACCAAAACCCGUCGCACAUCAGGAAAAUGUGGCUUUGGAGGAUGGAAGCGCUGCACAAGGGAUUCCACUUAUACAGCUAUGGAGGUCCAGUACGAGUCAGUAGUUGAUACUAGAGAGGUUCCCGCAACUGAAUGGGUUAAUGGAUGUCCAGAUAGAAAAAUUGUCUGUUGUAAAGGAUUUGUUCUCAACACAUUUGUGAACAAUUGCAUGACUAAUGCUGAACUUGAUGAGCUUCUCGGGGUUCUCGGAAGAAAUUCAGAUGCUCUCGAUCUUUUGCACCUUUUUGGAGAGGGUAGAAAAUAAAGCAGAACACAUUGGAACGUGAAAUUGUGUUUGCUUCAGCAAACAACUCCAUUCUCAGACCAGAACACAUUAUGAUAUGAGUGGACUGUCAUGGACAUUGUAUUUUUAUUCGGACUAAAUGUUGUUUGACGUCAAAUCCUGUACUUAUACUCAUAUUUGGAAAUAACAAAUAAAGAUUUUUAUAU